UAAGAGAAAUAUUUCAUCAGCUUAAGUUUAUCAUUUAAUGGAUAAUCAUCACUAUUGACCAAGCGAAUAUCCUUCAGUUUUUGUCUAGAUUCGAAGUAAUUAACAACAAUUCCAGCUAUCACCUCUAAAGAAUAUUAACAGAAGGAUAAGAAUUACGAGACUGAUAUUCAAGCUACAGCGCCGCUUCAUGUCAAACGGCCACCAAUGCGAAGCAUUCCCCACCAUCACGUGAACUGACAAAGUAAAUAAAACCAACGGUGUGCAGCCGACUCAGUCUCUUUUCCACAGUGGUUAACAAGAAGCUUUACUCAGUGUUUUUAACAAGGUUCAGAAUGCCAGAAACGUUCGUAAAUGGAUACUCAAACGGUCAUAUGCCAUAUGACAUGGAAGAUGGAUCUACUUUUUUAUUUACAUCAGAAUCUGUUGGGGAAGGACAUCCAGAUAAAAUGUGUGAUCAGAUAAGUGAUGCCAUAUUAGACGCACAUCUAGAACAAGAUCCAAAUGCCAAAGUAGCAUGUGAAACUGUUACCAAAACUGGGAUGAUCCUUAUUUGUGGAGAAAUCAAUUCAAAAGCUGUGGUCGAUUAUCAGAAAGUUGUCCGAGAAACUGUUAAACAUAUUGGAUAUGACGAUUCAUCAAAAGGAUUUGAUUGGCGAACCUUCAAUCUUCUUGUGGCCAUUGAACAACAAUCACCAGACAUUGCAAACGGUGUACAUGAAAAUAGAAUUGAAUCGGACAUAGGCGCGGGAGACCAGGGUCUGAUGUUUGGUUAUGCAACAGAUGAAACAGAAGAAUGUAUGCCACUGACAGUAGUAUUAGCACACAAAUUGAACCACAAAAUUGCUGAACUCAGGCGAAAUGGAGAGUUCCCAUGGGCCAGACCAGAUUCUAAAACUCAGGUCACCUGUGAAUAUGCAUUUAAACAUGGAGCAUGUUUACCAUUGAGAGUUCACACAAUUGUUGUCUCUCUCCAGCACAGUUCUGAAAUUUCAUUGGAAAAAUUGAGGACAGAAGUCACGAAUAAAAUAAUCAAAGAAGUCAUUCCAGAAAAAUAUUUAGACACAGAUACCAUAAUUCAUAUCAACCCAUGCGGAUUGUUCAUCAUUGGAGGUCCACAAGGAGAUGCAGGUCUUACUGGGAGGAAAAUCAUAGUUGAUACAUAUGGUGGUUGGGGAGCCCAUGGUGGUGGAGCUUUCUCUGGAAAGGAUUUCACUAAAGUUGACAGAUCUGCCGCUUAUGCUGCCCGAUGGGUUGCGAAAUCUCUUGUCAAAGCCAGUCUUUGCAAAAGAUGCCUGGUGCAAGUAUCCUAUGCUAUUGGUUUAGCUGAGCCCCUUUCGAUUACUGUGUUCGAUUAUGGCACAUCUAAAUUGUCUCAGAAAGAAUUACUUGCUGUAGUGAAGAACAACUUCGACCUCCGACCUGGCAAAAUUGUCAAAGAAUUGAAUCUCAGACAGCCAAUCUACCAAAAAACAAGCACAUAUGGUCACUUUGGAAGAGAUGGUUUCUCCUGGGAAAACCCAAAGGUCCUUAAAUUAGAUUGACCAUUUCCUCAUUAAUACAUCCUUAACUUUCCUAAUUCAAAUUUCCUUUUUAGCCCUCCUUGUUUCUCUAGUUUCUUCCCCGAGAUGGCACUCUGAACCUUGAGUUAAUCAUCACACGAGCAUGGCAUUUACCUGUGGAUGUCAACCUUGUACAAAUCACAGUAGUUAUCAAUUACUGUUUUAUUGUAAUUGCAACCUGCUGCAACUUUGUGUAGAGUGAAACGUUCCCUUCCUGCUAGACUUGAUUCCACUCCACACCUUGUGUUGUGUUUACGAAAAAUCUAUUUGGAAAAGAGCAUUUCCGAAAACACUCCGAUUUGUAGAAGGUUUGAUUAAUGUAUUUUAAUAUACUUCCUUCCAUUGCCAGACCUUAACAUCGUUACCGUCUGGUCCUUAGAAGCUGCCAUGAUAAUUAAAAGUUGUUUAAAAUUUUUAAUGAUUCUAAAUAUUCUUUGAUAGUCUUAAUUAGUAUAAAAACUAGUAUAUAGAGAAUUUAAAUGUUCAUUAAAUUAUUUAUGAAAUUAUAUUGAAGCAAUUGAAUGACGAAAACAGAUUAAAAUAGGUAAUUGGAUAUGUAUUUUUACGACAUGAUUGUGUAUUGUAAUUUUAUUUUCCAUCCCAGUGGCAAAAAUAAAUAUUUUCACUUUAUAAUUUAAAAAAUAAAAUUAGCUCAGGA